AUGGGUGCAGACUACUACAAAAUCUUGCAGGUUGAUAAGAAUGCCAAAGACGAAGAAUUGAAAAAGGCUUAUAGAAAACUUGCCAUGAAAUGGCACCCCGAUAAAAACCCAACCAACAAGAAAGAUGCAGAAGCUAAGUUCAAGCAAAUUUCUGAAGCUUAUGAGGUACUUAGUGAUCCUGAAAAGAGGGCAAUCUAUGAUCAAUAUGGGGAAGAGGGUUUAAAGGGUCAAGUUCCUCCUCCUGAUGCUGGAAGUGGUGGUGGAACUAGUUUUUAUUCGACCGGAGAUAUUCCUGGAUCGGUUCGGUUUAAUCCGAGGAAUGCAGAUGACAUUUUUGCUGAGUUUUUUGGAUUCUCAAGACCAUUUGGUGGCAUGGGUGGAAGAGGUGGUAGUGGUGGCGGCGGUGGCGGUGGCAUGAGAUCUAGGGUCCUUGGUGGAAUGUUUAGUGAUGAUAUGUUUGGAUCUUUUGGGGAAGGAGGAGGAGGAAUGCAUAUGAAUCAAGGUGUGCCGAGGAAAGCUCCUGCUAUUGAGAACAAGUUGAGUUGCACUCUUGAGGAGAUUUAUAAAGGAACUACAAAGAAGAUGAAGAUCUCUAGAGAAAUAGCUGAUGCCAGUGGCAAAACCAUGCCAGUGGAAGAGAUAUUGACCAUAAGUGUGAAGCCUGGUUGGAAGAAAGGCACAAAGAUCACCUUUCCAGAGAAGGGCAACGAACAGCCGAAUGUAACCGCUGCAGAUCUUAUAUUUGUGAUCGACGAAAGGCCGCACAGCGUGUUCAGUCGGGAAGGAAACGACCUGAUUGUGACUCAGAAGAUAUCUCUUGUGGAGGCGUUAACUGGUUAUACAGUGCACCUCACUACACUGGAUGGUAGAAACUUGAGCAUACCAAUCAACAAUGUUAUUCAUCCUAACUAUGAGGAGGUUGUUCCAAAAGAAGGGAUGCCACUUCCUAAGGAUCCAUCGAAGAAGGGGAAUUUGAGGAUAAAGUUUAACAUUAGGUUUCCAAGUCGGCUCAGUGAUGAACAAAAAGCAGGAGUUAGGAAACUCUUGGGUGCCUCACUCUGA